GAUACGGCAGAGCAACUCGAUAUUGUUGGAAACUGGUGGGCUAUCAGUAAUUUUGGUGAAAUUACAGGAACUAUAGCCAUAGAAAUGGAUAAAGGAGCUUACAUCCAUGCCCUUGACAACGGCUUGUUUACGCUUGGAGCACCACAUAAAGAUGAUGAAGGCCCUAGUCCUCCUGAACAGUUUACAGCAGUAAAGUUGUCUGAUACAAGGAUUGCUCUGAAGUCUGGUUAUGGCAAAUACCUUGGUAUAAAUUCAGAUGGACUUGUUGUUGGACGUUCAGAUGCAAUAGGAUCAAGAGAGCAGUGGGAACCUGUCUUCCAAGAUAAGAAAAUGGCAUUAUUAGCAGCAAAUAGCCGUUUUAUUAGAUGUAAUGAAGAGGGAGACAUAGAAGCCAAAAGCAAAACUGCAGGGGAAGAAGAAAUGAUAAAGAUUCGUACUUGUGCUGAAAGGGAAACUAAGAAGAAAGAUGAUGUUCCACAAGAAGACAAAGGAAAUGUUAAACAGUGUGAAAUCAAUUAUGUAAAGAAAUUCCAAAGUUUUCAAGACAAAAAGCUUAAAAUAAGCAAAGAAGAUACAAAAGCCCUCAGAAAAGCCAGGAAAGAAGGCACUUUUCAUGAAAUGCUGCUUGACAGGAGAGCAAAAGUGAAAGCGGAUAGAUACUGCAAAUGACAACCAGCUGGUCCAUUUUCGUCUGCAUCUUUGAUGAUACGGUCAAAUUGAAAACGAGUAAAAUGUUUUAUAAUUAUUUUUAUUGAAGGCGUUUUGCUGAUGUUUUUAUUACGUUAUUUUUAAAGGCUCGCCUGAGAGCUAUAAUUAAGCAUCAAACUAACGUCAUCUUUCAGUAAUGGAUACUAUUAAGUUUAUUCUAAAACUACGUGCUAUUGAAAUAGUGAGAUAAUAUUUUAAUGGAAAAGAAAUUACCCACUGAAUCUUCCCAGGUUGAUGAAAGGAACCUGAACUUAGAGACAGGGCAGAAGACAUUAAGGGCAGAAGAGA